GGGAGGAAACUGUGCCGAAAGAACAGCUUAUCCAGACGGUGUGAAGUGACAUGCUCUGGAUUGUCCUGGAGCCGUAACGGCGCACUGGAGCAGGGAGCAGCGCCGCGAGAUGAUCUUUGGACUUGUUGUCGUGGAUCCGGUCCACGUCUUACCGGAGAUGACAGAAAACAUGGACUGACGUCUGAGGAAUGGCAUCGGCCGUGUUUGAAGGCACGUCGCUGGUCAACAUGUUUGUCCGAGACUGCUGGGUCAACGGCAUCCGGAGGCUCAUCAUCAGCCAGCGGGGGGAGGAAGAGGAGUUCUUCGAGAUCCGGACGGAGUGGUCCGACCGGAACAUUUUAUACUUGCAUCGGAGUCACGCCGACCUGGGCCGGCUGUUCAAGAGGCUGCUGGAGUCGUUCCCCGAGGACCGGAGGGAGCUGUCCAAGUGUCCGCUGAUGGAAGGGCUCGUGAAAAUCAACGAGGCGAGCGAUAUUGAGGAGAAACUGAACGAGGUGGAACGACUGCUGAAGAACGCCAUCAACAUGCCGUGCAAGUAUUCCAGGUCGGAGGUGAUGUUGACCUUCUUUGAGCGAUCGCCGCUGGACCAGGUGCUGCGGAAUGACAAGGUCCACAGAAUCCAGCCGUGCUUCCAGAGCGAAAUCAAAAUAUCCGAAAUCAUGCGGUCAAACGGAUUCUGUCUGGCCAACACGGAAACCAUCGUAUUUGAUCACAGUUUCCCUGAAGAAAAAGAGAGACCCUCCUCCACGGACUCUGUGGAACACACGUAUGAGGACGGAACAGAGUUUUUGCCGAUGGAAGCAGACCUGUGUGAAGAGGAAACGGAAGCGUACGUCACCAACCUUUCCUACUACCAUCUGGUCCCGUUUGAAACCGACAUCCUGGAAUGAACCCCUGAUGCCCCGUUGAAGGACAUCUGAGGCUGCCGCGGAGGAAUCGGUGCUCUUCAAUGGAUCCUGGCGCUGCUCAUCCUGCGUAAACUCUAGAGUUGCUUGUGGCCCGUUUAUGGAGUCGGGCAGAUGUACAGUAUGCGCCAUAAUAUUGGAAGUCAGUGUGCCUCAUUCAGAGCCUUACAAGAGUGUGUCAAGGAGAAACAUGGCUGCAGAGAGCUCUCUUGUUUUGUAUUUAACGCAACCUGUGGCAGCUAGAGAGGCUCGGCGGGAGGGAGGGGCCACACAUUUACCUGAACUCAGAGUCGCAUUCACAACAUCGGAUCCUUUCACUGUUACUGAAAAACGUAGCGGGAUCAACCAGCACUCUUGUCUUUUUCUAUCUCGGCCGUCUUAUCUUUGGCGUUCCUUCUCCGGUGGACCUCCCAUGAAUGCAUCGGGCCCCCAACCUCUCAUUUACACCCGCUCUCUUUGCCACUCUGGUGUUUUUAUUCCCACAGGAAGCUGUCACCAAGCUUUGCGUAUGACAUUUUCUUCACGGUGCGAUUUUUCCAACAGCGUGUAGCAACGUUUCUGGUUUGAAAAACACCAGCUUGAAACCCGUGGGACGUGUUUGUUGCUGCGUAUAGAGUCCGUUCUUUGGCCGGAGAGAAAGAUCACCGAAUACACAACGUAGGGGCACAUUUAGCCAAGUCCUCUCAUUAGCAUAACACAUCUGAUGGUAAGUGAAGCGAGAAUAAUAACGUUUUUAAUGCCAAUGUUUUAACAUACAGUAUAUUUCACUUGGUUCAAUGAUUACUUUGACAAUUAAUAUUAAGUUGUUGUCAUUUUGUUACAACUUUCCAAAGUGAGAACAUGAUGCUGCCUUUUUGGAUGUCCGUGAUUUUUUUUUUGUAUUUGUAACUAAAUUGUAAUAUGUGUUUGUACUGUAGCUUGUGUAACGUUGCUAGUUUUAUGUUUGUUUUUCUUUUAAAAAGAGAAAAUAAUUUUAUAUACCAGGGCGGGGGGGGGGGGGAGAUUGUUGCCAUUGACAACCUGAUCGUCUCACUGCUGUUGUUGCCAUGUGAUGAAAUGGGGGGGGGGGUCAACGGAGGUCAUAUCCGACCCGUUCUGUAAGAUGACGUGUGCGGGUCCAUGCAGAGGGCUGACUGCAAGUCUCACUGAACGUGGGAGUCUUCAGCUCGGCCCGUGAUGGGGGAACAAGUCCACUCUUUAUCGCACGAGGAGACAAACGAUCUUGCUGUACGGAAACUUUCAAUAGAAAGGAAAAAAGUGUGUGAAAUGAUAUAACAUUUGAUUAAAAGUCACGUCUUUUGUA